AUGGCGGACAAUGCUGAGGGCGCCGGCGAGGCCCAGAUCACCUUCAAGGUGAAGACGGGAGGCGACAAAGUCCAUACGUUGACCAUGUCCGAGGCGGCAACUGUCCUUGAGCUGAAGAACAGACUCGCCGGUGAAGACUUGGAGAACGUCCCCGUCGAGCGCCAGCGCCUUAUCUACUCGGGCCGCGUCAUGAAGAACGACGACACGCUCGAAUCGUACAAGAUCAAGCCCAACAACACCAUCCACAUGGUCAAGUCGGCCGCUUCCAACCCCACCCCGCAGUCGGCCUCCUCCUCCGCCGGCCCAGCCCGCUCCUCGACCCCGUCUGCCAUCCCUACGAAUAUGGCUGCCGGCGUCGCCAACAAUCCUCUUGCCGGUCUAACCGGCGCUCGCUACGCCGGUCACAUCAACCUGCCCAGCCGGGAGAUGUUUGGCGCCGACGGUGGAAUGGGCGCUCCUCCCUCGGAUGACCAGAUGGCCCAGAUGCUCUCCGACCCCACCAUGAUGCAGACCAUGAACGCCGCCCUCGACAACCCCCAGUUCAUCGACUACAUGAUUCAGAGCAACCCGCAGCUCCGCAACAUGCCCAACGCCCGCGAAAUCAUCCAGUCGCCCUUUAUGCGCCAGAUGAUGACCAACCCCGACAUGCUGCGCAAUGUCAUGCGCAUGCAACGCAACAUGAUGGGCGGCCAGGGCGCCUCCCCUUUCCCCGCCCCCGGUGCUACUGACACCACCCCCGCCGACGCUGCCGCCAGCGGAAACGACACCAAUACCGACAACAACAACAAUAACAGUAAUAAUAACCAGCCUCCAAACCCCUUUGCUUUCCCGCCUAUGCCUGCUUUCCCUGGCGGAGGAGGAGGAGGAGGAGGAGAUAUAAACUCCAUCCUGGCCCAGCUGAACAGCCUCAACGCGUUGCUUGGAGCUCAGGGAGCCGGUGCUGCUCCAGCCGCCGCCGCUCCCGGCGCCUCUCCUGGGGCCGACGACGCCCAGGGCUCCUCGGGAACGACAGCAGGAACAGGAACAACGGGCACCCCCGCCGCGAACACAACCUCGCAGAGCCCGCCUCCCGCGAACCCCUUCGCGGCCCUCUUUGCCCCUCCUCCCAACACCGCGCAGGCUCAAAACCAGGGCCAGGGACAGCCCGCGAAUCCGUUUGGGCAGAUUACGCCGGAGAUGAUGCAGCAGGCCAUCGGCUUGUGGGGUCUCGGCGGCGGGGGCGGCGGCGGCGGUUUCGGUUUCGGUGGUGGGCUGGGCGGUGCCGCCAGCCCCGCGUCCCCGCCGGACAACCGGCCCCCCGAGGAGCGGUACGCGGAGCAGCUGCGUCAGCUCAACGACAUGGGGUUUUACGACUUUGACAGGAACGUGGCGGCCCUGCGUCGUAGUGGUGGCAGUGUCCAGGGCGCGGUUGAGCAUUUGCUCGGUGGAUCAUAA